AACAUAUACACAAAGUCAGAUCUUAGUAGGAGAAACCGAAACUUGAGGUAAACUGGACAAAAUGGACAACAUGGCCGCCAAUGGGACCGGCGACUACCCAGCGUACCCCACCGGCUUCCCCUACAACUCCAGCCUAGACUAUGAGGACUACGACCAGGAACCUGACGCCAGCAAGAUCAUCAUCCCCUCCAUCUACGCCCUGGUCUGCUGCGUGGGUCUAACAGGCAACACCAUGGUUAUCUAUGUUAUCCUUAAGUACGCCAAGAUGAAAACCGCCACCAAUAUUUAUAUAUUGAAUCUGGCAAUUGCAGAUGAACUGUUUAUGUUGAGCGUGCCGUUUCUGGCGACAUCGGCGGCUGUACGUCAUUGGCCAUUUGGCUCGCUCAUGUGCCGUCUGGUGUUGAGCGUGGACGGCAUCAACAUGUUUACGUCCAUCUUCUGUCUGACGGUGUUGAGCGUGGAUCGAUACGUGGCCGUGGUUCACCCUAUCAAGGCUGCCCGCUACCGCCGACCGACUGUGGCCAAACUGGUCAACGUCUGCGUGUGGGGCCUCUCGCUCCUCGUCAUCCUCCCCAUCAUCAUAUUCGCCGACACGGUCCCGGCGCAGGACGGCGGUGUGGACUGCAACUUCCUGUGGCCCGAGGCAGCAUGGUCGGAGGCGUUUGUGGUCUACACCUUCCUGCUAGGCUUCCUGCUUCCUGUGGGCGCAAUCUGCCUCUGCUACUGCCUGAUGGUGGCGCGCAUGCGGGCGGUCGGGCUCAAAGCCGGUUGGCUGCAGCGGCGGCGCUCGGAGAAAAAGAUCACGCGGAUGGUGUUGUGUGUGGUGACGGUUUUUGUGCUCUGCUGGAUGCCUUUCUACAUCGUCCAGCUGGUUAGCGUGUUCCACCACCCCCCCAACCCCAUGGUCACCCAGCUCUUCGUCAUCCUGAGUUACGCCAACAGCGGCGCCAACCCCAUCCUCUACGGCUUUGUGUCAGAUAACUUCCGCCGGUCGUUCCAGAGGAUCGUGUGUUUCCGUUGGUUGGAGUCUGGGCUGGACGGUGAACAGGUGGACUACCGUGCUGUAGCACUGAAGAGACAGGCCACCAAUGGACAAAAAGACUUCCCUAAAGAAUGCCUGGCAUCUGAUGCGGUGUUCCGGAAUGGGACAUAUACCUCACGCACUACUACACUGUGACUGGGACCAGGUGUUGUGGAUGAAAAAAACAACGCCACACUGAGAGAGAUGGGGAAGCAACGAAUGACAAAGAAUAAAACCACACAUGAACAAUGAGGGAGGCCAGUAGUUGAUGAGGAGGACACAUUUCUUUAAAAUGAAAAUAGAUGUUCACUCACUAUAUGCUGUGACCAUUAUACAAGCAUUAUUUAAGCAAUAAGGCAUAAG